GAAGACUAGAACCAAGAGGGGACACAUACAUGUAUGUUGUGUGCAUAAGUCUUCUGUAGUGUUGUUACUACAUAACCCACCACCAGCCCAUUGAUCAUAUCAACGCGAGGAACUGCGCUUGUUUCAUACUAAACUCUCAACAAUCACAUACCAUAAACUAAUGAUACAAACUCUCUCCAAAUGACUUCUCUUUCACCUUCAAUGUCUUCAGAGACAUAAUACUUCAUUCUCUGCAGAAAUUAGGUUUCAUCACCUUUUCGCUUACUGUAUGUAGCCAAAGCCCAUAUCUAUAACGGUCUGUCUUAGAUGAAGACAGUGUAGGCAGUACAUUAUCACCUUCAAAACAACAUACGGACCCAGAUAGAUGAGGCCUGGCUACUCAUCAAUCUCAACCACAACCAAGCCAAGUUACCGAAUGAAGCCUUGCGUUUUCCUGCCUGGUUUGAUUUGGGGUUGAACUCUGAUGGAAAGGUGCCGUAUGAUUAUCCUGUCUUAGGUGUUACUCCUAUAAACUCUUAAGGAAUAACGACUCUAUAGUAAUUCAUGUUAACAAACGUAUGUUUUUGGUACUUGUAUCAUACUGUACACUAUGGUACAUAGUACAGUACACAAAAGAUUACACCUAGUGAUAUACAGAUGUAGGAAUGUAAUUUGAGCCAGUUUGCUACAGCAGGGAAAUAAUCCUGCAGCAAUAGGAAAUGUGAAUUAUUAUGUGAAUUAUAAUUGACAUUUUUUGUAGGGGUUGAUAUAUUUUUCUUUAGAGAAAAUCAAGUCUUGACAUUUUAAAGUGGAAAUUAUAAACUUUUAAUACACUACAAGUUUGCAUUCUUCCUGCAAUGAGUGAUAAAUUAAGAUCCUACAUCUGUAGCCUAUCAGUAAUUUGGUUAUUUGGAUGGCAGUCAUUUGACUUGACAGGGUAAUGAUGUGGUAUCCUUCUGCUUAAAUCUUCAUUAUAACCUUAAACCAAUCACUGUAAAGGUUGCUAAUGGUGGGCUCAAUAAUCAAUCCACUGAUUGGAUGCCCCUAUAUUCUAAUAUGGUCUGGUCUAUAUUCUAGUAAUAUAGACCAGAUCAGUCUCUCAAAAUGUGGUUUUUGUAUGGUAAAUCUGGGACUAAACUAUGGGAAAAUUGUAAUGUAUUUUUGAAGCCUCGUUUGUGGUUUAUUUGUUGUUGCAUAUUUUACAGCAGUAAGAUCUGUGGGAAAUUAUGACCACUCAAUGACGUUGGUAAUUUUUUUACUUAAAUUAUUCUCGCUAUUGAACAACAUCUGGAUUUGUUUUAAUAUGCUACAGUUUUAGUAGUUGCUAUUUGUCACCUGGAUUUUACAAACGGUUUACAAAUAAAAUAAACAGAAAGGCAAAAAAAAUGUUUUUCAAAAUCCUGAUAGUACAAACAUUGUUUUUAGAUGAUUGAUUAUUUGUGUGUUAUUUUUUGAAUGUAUUUAAACUGGUUUAACUGGUUAAUUUGCCCUAUUUGUAUUAUUAGAGUUAAAUGUAACGUUUCGUUUCUGUAGUACCUCCUCAGCUCACACGACACAUCCCAGAAGUCAGUGUGUUCUACAAUAUUAACAAGGGGCAAGCAAUGCUGAGAAAUUUGAUUAUGUCAUGAACUUCAUGAACAAGCUGGCAGGAAACGAGUAUGUGGGUUUCAGCAAUGCCACAUUCCAGUCAGAGAGGGAGUCUGGAGAUCGUAACUUUGCUAUCGGCUACUACCUUAAGGAGAAGAAGUGCUUUCCAGAGGGGACAGACAUGACCUCCAUUUUAGACCUCUACUUCCAGCUGUGCUCCAUCGAGGUGACCUGUGAAAGCGCUAGCGUCAUGGCGGCAACCCUGGCCAAUGGCGGCUUCUGUCCAAUCACAGGCGAGCGCGUGCUGGGCCCAGAGGCGGUACGGAACACCCUGAGCCUCAUGCACUCCUGCGGCAUGUACGACUUCUCGGGGCAGUUCGCUUUCCACGUUGGACUUCCAGCUAAGUCGGGCGUGGCAGGGGGCAUCCUGCUGGUGGUGCCCAACGUCAUGGGUAUCAUGUGCUGGUCCCCGCCACUGGACAAGCUGGGUAACAGUGUACGAGGAAUCCAGUUCUGCACGGAUCUGGUGUCCCUUUGCAACUUCCACAACUACGACAACCUGAAGCACUUUGUCAAGAAGCUGGAUCCUCGCAGGGAGGGCGGAGACCAGAGGGUGAAGUCGGUCAUCAAUCUUCUGUUUGCUGCAUACACUGGCGAUGUGUCUGCACUGAGGAGGUUUGCUCUGUCUUCCAUGGACAUGGAGCAGAGGGACUAUGACUCCAGGACAGCCCUCCAUGUGGCUGCAGCAGAAGGGCAUGUCGAGGUGGUCAAGUUCCUUUUGGAGGCAUGCAGGGUCAACCCUGUUCCCAAAGACAGGUGGGGUAACACACCAAUGGAAGAGGCAGUGCACUUUGGACACCACGACGUUGUGACCAUGCUCCAGGACUACAACAACAAGUACAGUCCACCAGGGGGUGCCACUGAGGACAAAGAGAAGGAGAUAUCAGAGAAGAACAUUGAUGGCCUACUAUGAGCAAACUAAUACUCUUAUAUAUAUCCAUAGAAAUAAAAUAACUAGAACGGACGUUCCCAUUGAAAUUAUAUAUACGUGAUCUGAGCAGCUUGGUCCUUUCCAGUCAUUCUAUUUCUAUGUCCCCAUUAACUAUCCGUGUGUGGUCUCUUUGUCACGUUAGUGGUAGGUCACGUAUACUGUUGAUAAUGCUGUAUUGUUGGUUUUGUAUAAAAGUAUUGUAUUUCUAGUAUUUGAAAAAACGACAGUGUUUAAAAAAAUAUUGACCUUUGACUUUUUCCCGAUGUUUUUUGGGUUGAUGUUUCCUUUCGCUUCGCUUUAUGUCAUACUGCUCACCUCUCCCUCAGUGUGUCAGCACGAUGUGUAAUGUAUUUUCUACAUUUAAGUGCACAAAACAUUUCUCUUUAUGUACAACAUUGUAAAACCUGAACGUAUCCAUAAGAUAACGUGUACAUUUAUGUAAUGUGUGUAUAUCCCUGAAAGUAAUAUAAUAUCAGAGGUAGAUGGAUUCAGUGUAAAUACUAUUUAAUCUGAAGUGAUUCUCACUGGUACAGCUUUUGAAGGAAAUUGGUAAAGUCCACACACUGUGCAUUAGGCUUAAGUUGGACUAUUUAUGAGGCAGAAUGCGUUAAACUAUUCCACACAUUCACAGAUCUAGGUAGCCUGGUUGCAAAGCUGUUUGGACUGUAUAUGGCACUGGCUAUACAGGCCAGACAGAUCUGGGACCACAGGCUAUGGUUUAAGACCUCUGGUCUUUUGAUUUAGGCCUAGUGGCUUCAUAUGAAUUGAAAGUAUGGCAUUAUGUGGAGUGAGUUUAGUUUUGUUGGUUUGCUAUUUGAUAGCUAGACAGUUUUGCACCUUUUUCUCCAAAAUAAAAUAAAAAAUCAUUUGAUUGUUCUAUAAUCUUAUUUUAAUUUUGGAGUAGUAAGGGGGUUAUUUGUUUAAGUGUCAGCCAAAGCUUUUCUGUACGUUUGCUCCACCUGAAUAGUCUCGUCGGCGACUUAAAAAAGAAAAGAAAAAGCAUAUUAUACGUGAGCCGCCUCAGGAGCAAUACAAUUCAACCAGCAGCCAUGUGCUCUUUACAGACAGGUUCCCCACCUAUGCUAAGUCCAAUUUUAGGGAAAAACAUAACUCUUCGAAACACUGAUUUAUCACUUCAUGGAUACAGCCGUGUCAAUGGUGUUGCUAUUAUGUCUUGUCACACAAGUUUACUUAUUUGUCAGAUAUUUGGUUUUACAUGGAUUUUAUCUUCAGUUAUAGGCAGUGCAUUACACUUUAAUGAAUGUUUUUAGUUUGGAACAACUCCACAACGGUGGACUUUAAAUCUUGCCAUGCUCACCCAAAUGCCUCUUUUGGGUAGAGAUAAAAUAGUUAUCCUUAUGGGCCUGUAUGUAAGCAGAUUAUAAACUAAUGGUUCACUUUUUAUGCAGAUACGCAUAUUGAUUGUUUAACUGUUUAGAGUGUAAAAGUGUAAAAUAAAUGAAAAGGCAGGCUGUUUUGGUGAGAACUGUGUGUAUAUUUGUUUGUUAUUGACUAUGGGAGGGACAGUGACUACAAAUCUGGUAAUGACAGAGGACCAUGCCAACAAAAUCUCAAGCCCUAUACUAUUGUUCUAAAAGUACCUAAGGCAACUUACUUGUGACUUGAUGAAUAUAUAUUUAUAUUGAAUAACUCAUCUCAAGUAUUCAGUGUUGCUUUCAUUGGAUUUGACUUGACUUUGUCUCCCCAGUCCCUGUUGCACAAGAAGCCUCGUAUGUAUGAGUGUUUAUUGUUCCCCUAUGUAGGUGCAGGUCAACUUCAACAUUAACUAAUUAUUUUGAAUGUACCACAGGUGUAUACUGUCAUCAUCAGUUUGUUUUCAUUCAAGUAUAUCUGCUUUAGCUGUGUGUUGCAGGCAAUGGAGAUAUAUUUAUUUCAAUGAUCAAACAAUAAAUAAAGAACUUUAAAUAUG